AUUAUAAUUACCAUGUACAACCACUAUAAAAACCAGGCUGUCGAAAGUCGAAGGCAUCAGUUUUAAAGCGCUUUUGCUAUGGUGCGACAUUUGAUUCUCGUCCUUUCUCUUAUACUGUUUUGUCGCAACUCACAUGCUGUUAUCAGUGAGUUGGCCCGACAGGGCGAGUCCGCAAUCCAGGGUUUGGCAGACUUCAAGAUGGCGCCUCUACGCUACUUAGAUGUUCUCUUUGGAGCUAAUCCGGGGGGACUUCGAGGACUUGACGGUGGUAUUUAUGGAACUGGAGGUGCUUUAUCAGCUGCUGCUGCUGCCUUACAAGCAGCCAAAGCUGCUAAUAUAUUGGCUGGAGGGGAUAUCUUCAGUCCCGGAUAUAGUAAAGUUACAGCUGGAGUCGGGCAGGGAAGCGAUUUGAUUACUAUAAUCAAAAACGCACGCCCCUACGAUCCAUAUCUCAUUCCGCCAGGCAUUCCAGGAUAUAAUUAUCCACUGGGAUUGUCUCGUCGUUUUCCCUUAAAUCGGCCAUUAUUGGGACCUGGUGGACCAAGUCCUAGUCCUGGUCCGAACCAGCCGGGUGGAUCAUUCACAGAUGGAAUUUCACUUAGUAAACCAUUCUCGGGCGGCCUACUAUCAUUAUUACCUGGAGGAUUAUUGCGUGGAGGAUUAUUACCUGGAGGACUUUUACCAGGAGGAUUAUUACCCGGAGGAUCAUUUUCUGGAAGAGUUGGGUCUGUCGGCCAACAAGGUGGUUCGGUAGGUGGAGGCGGUUCGGUAGGUGGAGGUGGUUCGCUAAGUGGGGGCGGUUCGGUAAGUGGGGGCGGUGGAAUCUUCGGAAACGGUGGACUGUUUGGUACGGGAAUAUUUGGUCAAAAUGGACUUUUCGGAACUGGAUUCCUUAGCGGACGUUCAUUUGACCCAUUUGGAAUUUUCACCCCAUUCGGAAACUUGUUCGGAGGACUUGGGAAUUUAUUCGGGUUCUCGUCAUCAACUAGGCAAGAACCUCCUCGCGGCUUGGAAGGUUCCAUCAAGGUGGAUCUCGGCGGCACGUUGCCAUCGCCAAAAGGUAUGCUAGGAGGACUGCUGUCUCCUGUCCUAGGUGUGUUUGGCUAAUACCGAGAGUCGACUUGUGCAAUGAGAAACGGAUCUGGCGGCUUGACGCUUAGUUUUAUUAUUUAGUGUUAAGAUACGACAAGAGUCGGGGUAAAAUUAACAUUUGUCUUGGCCAAGCAUUGUAAUUGUAAUACCCAUUAAUAAAGUAAGCAGCAUUCCAA